GGAGAGACCCGCUCCUGGUCGCCUGCCCCCGGAAGUGACGCUAAGGCCUCCCUCCCCUGAGGAAGUGACGGCGGGCGUGCCCUUGACGGGCGGGGAGGGCUGCGCUGGGCGUCCCUCCGUUCGUGCUGCAGGGAGAUGGCUCAGCGACUUCUGCUGAGGAGGUUCCUGGCCUCUGUCAUCUCCAGGGAGCCCCCUCAGGGUCAGUGGAUACCCCUCACCUCCAGGGUUCUGCAGACCCCACAGUGCAGUCCCAAUAGCCUGACAGUAAUACCCAGCCCAGCCCGGACAAUAUACACCACCAGAGUCUGUACAACAACCUUUAACGUUCAAGAUGGACCUGACUUUCAAGACCGAGUUGUCAACAGUGAGACGCCAGUGGUUGUGGAUUUCCACGCACAGUGGUGUGGCCCCUGCAAGAUCCUGGGGCCAAGGUUGGAGAAGAUGGUGGCCAAACAGCACGGGAAGGUGGUGAUGGCCAAGGUGGAUAUUGACGACCACACAGACCUCGCCAUCGAGUAUGAGGUCCCGGAAGGAGCUGAGCAAAUGCUUCAAAGACCGAGAACCUUGCCUUGCCCAUAAAUGAGCGUCAGAUCAUAUAUAGCCGAGCCCCUCCUCCCGCGCCAUCCAGCAGGAGUCAGUGGAUUUCUGGACGCUGUUGGCAUUCACGGCAGCAGCUGAAGUGGCUUGCAGGGCUCUGUUAGGCUUUCCCGACUGCCCUCCAUACCGCCGUUUGCUGAGUGCCCACUGUACCAGGCACAGCGCCAGGUUCUUACACUUAUUUCUGGGCUCUGUGCUGGGACUUAACUUGCAUCAGUUCCUCCCACUUCACACCCUCUAAUAUAAGUAGCAUUGGCAUCUCCGUCUUGCGAUGUGAACACUGAGACAUAGAGCAAUGAAGAGGCUUG